GAAGCCGAGAGGACCGGGAUUGCAAUGCCCACCACACACGGCAGGAAACUGCUGGCCUGUGGGGUCAGAACGGGCUUUGACACCUGGCUUUCCUUCCUCCGGCCUGGUGACUGCACAGAACACAGGAGGGACCUGAUGCACGGUCCUGUCUCACCAAGGCGGCCCUCUGCCCUGGCCUUUUCCAGGCAAACGCAGGCAGUGCCUCGCUCUCGUGGCGCCGCGUGCUCGGGGGGCACGCAGGAGGGCCUGCGGCUCCUCACUCGCCGCUCCGGUUCGGGGCAGAGACGUGGGAGGGAGGUCGUGCGCGCGGCGCUGGAAAGGCUCGACGCACUCCGGGAGGAGGCGCAGGCUGCGGGGAAGGCUCGCUUCGCAAAGUUAACGUUGACCCGGGCAGGCUGUGCCAAGCCUGAGCCCGAGUCUGAGCCGCUCACGUAUCGCCCCUGGAGCUGGCGGGAGCUGACACACUUCCCCCGGAGCCCUCCGAAGACACUCCGGCUUGAAGGCUGGAGCGCUCGCCGCAGUCAGCAGCCCCCCCGAGCCGCAACAUUCUCAUCCAAAGACCAGCCCCCCCCGCACCCACCCCCAAAGAAGCCCCAUCCAGGCGAGAGGAGGACACUGGCGGCGCGCCUCACCUGGGGCCCCGGAGGGUGGGCGCGGGAUGCGGGCCGUCGGUCCCUGGAGCAGGGCGAGCGCAGCGGUGUCAGCCCCGGCCCCUGUCCGCGUCCCAUUCACAAGUCGGCGGCGGCUGCGAGCGGCCCCCGCGGCAUCCGCUCGCGACGCUCCCCUCGGCUGGCGGCGGCCGCGGAAUGA